AUGGAGUUGGCUGCCCCAAUCAAAUCAUUGAUUGAUGGUUUGAUCCAUGCCAACGAAGAGGAAUUCAUAGUGUUGUUGAAAUCAAACUUGCAAUGGAAAAGACCUAGAGGGGAUCUUUUGCCCUGGAUUCCUGUCCUUAAUCGCAUCGAUGAGAUUUUUGCAAGGUACAUCAAGGAAUAUGAUCUUGAGAAUGAGUUUCCAAAGUUACGUGUUAUCCCGGAAGAUGAUGCACAUGUUAUUUUGACGUGCCUUGAAUUUACAAACACGUUACUCAGCAAUUGUUCCGACAAACAUAUUUAUUCAAGCAUGGAAAGGAUUUACGCGUUGAUCAACACCCCAACGAUUGAUGUGAGGCUAAAAGCUUUGGAAGUGGCCGUCUUGCUCAGUGAAAAGUUUGUGCUGACAGGGGCAUCUCGGUAUUCCGCACCAAAGGAAGCGAGGGAUAAAAUACUUGAAAUCGCGAAAGCGUACCCCCCUUUGGUUCCUGCAGAUUGUUAUCUGAGAAAGGUUGACAAUGAGCAAAAGGAAUUGAAUGAAAAGUCAAGUAUCAUAGGAGAUCAUUACAACUUCGUGGACACUCUACUGCACUCAAAGGUGCUUCCACAAAAAUGGAAAAGUAUCAAUUUCCAGUACUACAAGUCUGCGAUGUCUCAAGUGAAACCUAGCGAGGAAUCGGGAACUAAUCUGAGCAAGGGGAAAUCCGAUAAAUUAGUCGUGUCAGAAGGUUUGCAAAUUUUUUGCGUUCCUGAGGAAUCCGUGGCUAAGUUGACAUUGGAACAAAUAUUUCUGAGAGGAAUGGAAAGUUUACCCAAGAAUUCUUGGUUUACAUUUGGUUUAGUAUCGGAAGUGGCAAAGUCCUUCAAUUCACAGGCUGAUGGUGCAUUUACUAUCAGAGAGAAAUUGAUCCAAAUGAAAUGCUUUGCUGCAGCUUUUACCUGCUGCAUGUUGUCGCAUCAAAGUGCUUCCACAAAGUUACUUGAAGCCGAACCGUAUAUUUUAAGUUUUCUAGUGGAUGCUAUUCUGCCUGAAAAUAGCGUCAACGUCCCAAGGGCCGUGUUUUAUGCUGCCAUGAAAGCGCUUGAGUGUGUCUCAAUGAAAAAAGUUUGGGGAAGUGAUAUAUUGAGAUGCAUGGGCGGAAAUGUUAGCCACGGUGUUUUAUUUCAAUGUUUGAGGCGUAUAAAGACAUCUGUUGCUCAAGAUGAUGACGAAUAUUUUGAAGAGGGAAGCAUACUGUUUUUUAACAUGCUUGGCAAUAUGAUAAACACAAAGAGCAUUUUGCCCCGUCUUGCUUCUGGAGGGUUGCUCAAUGACUUGAUGCCGUUCUUGGACAUUCGCUCAAAGUACAAAUGGACCUGUUCCGCUGCAAUCCAUCUGCUUUCGUUGCUUAUAGCUGGGCUCCCAGAUACUCUUGAUGAGUUCAUUGCAAACGACGGUUUCAAUUCACUCAUCGGUGAUAUACAAUUUGAGGUAGAUUCUGCACUUAAUCAGCAAGGAAACGAAGAAAGCUUAUACGGCGAAUGCCCCCAGUACACAAAGGUUCCAUUGCGAAAAGCCAAUUUUUUGAGAAAUUUGAUGAAAUUUGUGGCCGAUUUAUUGAACUCUGACCAAGGGGAUAGACUUCGGAAUUUGUUUGACUCGCCAAUACUUUCAAGUUUCAACAAGAUAGUGAACAAUCCAGACAUUUUUGGUCCUGCAGUAUUGGCCUGUACUAUAGAUUCUGUCUUUUUCAUCAUCCACAACGAACCUACAGCUUUCUCGAUUUUAAAUGAAGCCAAUGUUAUCGACACAAUACUAGACAAUUACAGAGAGCUCUUCGUACCCUCUGGACAGUUAUUGAUGUCGCUUCCGGAAGUACUUGGUGCAAUCUGUUUGAAUAAUGAGGGAUUGAAGAAGGUUAUCGACAAAAAAAGUAUACCAAUAUUUUUCGACAGUUUUUACAGGCUUCCAAUAGCGAAAGUCUUGGUCAAGUCUGAUAUGGCCACCAACUUGGGAUGCUCUUUUGAUGAAUUGGGUAGACAUUACUCGAGCCUCAAGCCAUUGAUAUUGAAACAAGUCCUGAAUUUGAUUGAGCAAAUAAUGGUUUAUGUGGACAAACAAAUGGAUGGCAUACAACUAUACGAGUCGCUGUCGGGCCCUUUCUAUAACUCCAAAGACGAAGAUUCAAAUGUGAAUGUUGAAGGUGGUACUGAAAUCGAAACUUGGGACAAGAACGAAUGCUCCAUAUUACUCGAUAAUGUCUUUUUUUUUCUUGGAGGAUUGCUACAAGAGAGUGGACUGUGGGGAGAAGAUGUUGCCCGUGAUAUUGGAUUUUCCAAAUGGUUGAGAUUCUUGACGAUUAAAAAGGCACCAUAUGAUUACUUUUUGUCUAAUGGAAUCUCCUCUUUAAUGGGUAUAUUCAAAUAUUUUGAUGAUGAGGAUCGUGACUAUGGGUUUCCCAUGAUUGUUGAAAAGCUUAGAAAAAUGCUCGAGAUAGAGGUGGUGGACAGAUAUCUUUUUUCCACCGAUGAGGGUUCCUUUUUCGACAAAUUGAAUGACACAGAGGGAACUGAGCUUUUGCAGUACUUGGGUGAAAUUAACGUGCUACUUUUCGCUUUGACUGAAAUUUACGUAAACUUGGGCUUAUUGUUCACCGAAAGGAUCAAGCAGAUUAUUGAUAUGUUUGGAUCCCACCACAACUUUGUGAUGCGAUUGUUUUUGCUUUUGCAGCGAAGCGUUCUUGAAGAGACCAUCUUGAGAAACAGGACACCAAAUGAGGUCUUGAAAAUGACAUCUAAUUUCCCCAAUGAUAGUCCUCCAUUGCAAAUUAAUGUGUGUGACCCGGCUGACUCCAAAAUCAACACGAGCGGUACUAAUCCCAAGUUCAAAAACACCCUUCAACUUCGAACACUAAACUACUAUUUCCAGGGUUACAUCGCGCUCAUAUUUGCUUCAAUUGUUAGGACUUGUAUCCCACGAAGAGUGGAUCACGCACAUCACCAGACUAAAAGAGAUGCCGUAUCGUUGUUGUUGUGUAUUGCAAAUUUGAUGACUGAUUCAUACAAACGACCAAUGGAGUCGAAAUACAACAAACAAUGUUACAUAUUGGCUUUGUCAAAUAUCAACUUGUAUAUUCUUUUUCAAAAAGAGCGGGCAAAGGAAACAGCGUACACCCCACUUGGAAUUGCAUUAUUUCAGUCUUCCUUUUACGCAGUUUUGAGGGAAGUCACUCGCGAUUUAUGGCAAGAUUUGUUGCAAAUGGAUCCGGAGGAAGUCAAAAAAACUGCAAACCUCAAAUACAUAUGUGCAGAUGAAAGCAGCAUUGUGAAAAAUGCAAUUAGUCAAAGCUUGAUGAUAUUUGCAAAAAGUGUCAACGAAGGAGAUUUGGGAAACUUUCCCUUUUACAAGUCAUAUUUUCUGGACAAACCUUUUGGUCCAUUGGAGAGGGGCAUCACUAUGUCAUUCUUGGCUCAAGUAUCCUAUGAGGCGUUGAAGUUGGUGUUUGAGUUGGUAGAGAGUGUCACUAAUUCGACUGAUGGCCAUGCUACCAAGCAAAACGUCCCCACGCCAUUGAUCGAGCAGGUGAUUUAUAUUGCAUCCCACCUGCACCAAGAAAACGAAUGCACGGACAACUUUAUCCCCCUAGAUGUCAGACGAGUGUUUCCUGAUCUGGAUCAGGUUGCGUACCUUAUAUCUUUAGGUAUGUCGGAGUCGCAAGCCGAGCACUAUUUCGAUCACGAACUGGACUUAACUGCAUUGAGCGAAGGAAGAGCGAUCUCUUGCCAAGAGUUUGACAAUAUCAAAAACAGUGACUGGAAAGCCUUUUCAGAUGAAUAUAAGUCAGCAGAGUUGGACUUUUCAUUGGAUGGCGGAAACUACCCUAAUUCGAGACAAAUCUUUGACGAGUGCAAUAAAAUUUGGGAAUCAUUGGACGGUAAAUGGAUUCUGUUGGCAAUCACUUACCCAAAGGCUACUCGUUUAGUUGCUGAUCUUCUUGUUGCACUGAAGGACGACCAACGUGUUGACAAUCUCAUCAACGAAGUUACAAGUACGAGAGAUAUGAGUGAUGAAGAGUAUGUUGUAUACUUACACCUUAUAUCGUUGUUAGUUGAGAAAGUCGAAAGUGCCAAAAGCGAUACCUUAUUGACAGUUGGGAAGCUAUUCACUAAAUUUUCGAUGGGUCCUUCAACGGUCGAUAAACCAUUUUAUCAAUACUUAAUGGCAAUUCUUGAACAAAGACUUGUCGAUGAGGAUAUACCUUUGGCUGAACCCACAGAUCAUGAAGGCAUCAAGCAUAAAUCAAGUGAGAGCACAAAUGAUCUCUCAGUGAGGUGGAAAGACCGCUUCUUGGAUGAGGUUUCGAAAGUUGAUCAGAUUUCAGAUUUGCGAUCAGCAAACGGUUUAUCUCGUGUUUUGGCAUUGCUCGCAAAGGAUUAUGCAGUUGCUAAUAAGAUUGCUAAAAUGCCGCUAUUAGGCGCAUUGCUAAAAUUAGCUGGAACCCCCGGAGAAGACAAGAGCGUCAUGGAAUCAUUCAGUACUUGCAUUGUGUUGAUUAUGCGUUAUUCUUUCGAAACAAGAGAAACAGUCGAAAGCUAUAUGAAGCCUGAAUUGUUGAAGAUCUUGGGCUCGAGCUUCAAACUGACGAAAAAUCUUAGGGUGUUGCUUAAAGACAGCAUGCCAUUGGUGUUUCGUAAUCCGCGCGCCUUGACCGAUACUAUAUCCGGGAACAUUAUUCUUGAGGGAUACAGCGGCCAAGGCUCUCAUCUAGCUUAUGGUGAUUUGGUAGUUACCAAGGCCGAUGAUACUAAACAGUCAGAAGAGUCUGAUAUAGAGGGCUACACUGAUCCCAGGACUCUUGAGCGUGGAACCGUUAUGAGUCAUUUAUUAUCGGAAUUGAUGAAUGUCUUCAAAUCAGAUUGGGUGUCUGACCCGAAGGAUGAAGGCAACAAAACUGAGAAGGAGAAAGCCAAGCUUGGUGAUGCGUUUGCAAAUACAAAUUUUGCAUACAUGUGCUUUCUUUUGCAAACUAUUGCUGAGUUGUUAGGGUCCUACAAGCAAGCAAAGUUGGACUUUUUAACAUUUACAAAGAGAAAACAUGGUGACGUAAAGCCUAGGUCUACCUCUUUGAACUUUUUCCUUCAUCAAUUGAUUCCCACUCAACUGUUGACCGCUUCAGGUCUGGAGUUGCGCAGACGAGUGGGUGUAUCUGAAACUGCGAAAAUGGCCUUGAUGUGCUUGAUUUCGUCACCUGUUCUGGAUUCAAGACGUGGGGCGCCAAAUCCCAAAAAAGAAGACCCCGAUCUUGCGUUAAUAAGAAGAUUUGUGGUGGAUUUGAUGGUAAAGGUGAUGAAGGAGACGUCGCAGUUGAAUGUUGUUGCGCGUACCAGGUAUGGCAAGUUGUUGGACUUGUUUGAAUUAAGUGGACAGUUGAUAUCAACAAAAUUCCGUGAUACUAUUGGUCCUUUACUUGACAAAGAAUCCAUUCUGUCCGAUGUUUACCACAUGUCGAAGGUGUACAUUGAAAAGCAAGUACCCGCAACAUUGACUACCUUGAUUGCCGAGUUUGAUUUGAACUUCCCUGAUAUAGAUAAGGUGGAGAAGGCGGCAUUGAAGCCAAUCACAAAUUUGGGCAAAAACAAAGUUGAGUUUCAAGAGCUCUUUGCUGAAGAUGGACAAGAUGAGAACGACGAUGAUGAUAUUGUUCCUGAUGAUGAAAACGAGGACCGGGACGAUACCCCUGAUCUAUUCCGUAAUUCCACUUUGGGUAUGUAUGAUGUGGAUGUCGACAGUGAAGAAGAUGACUAUUACGACGAGGAUGGACGCUUAAUGAUUUCGGCCGAAGCCUCGGACUCUAUGGACUCUGCAUCAUCUUUCGAAUCUGAUGAGGGAGAACCGCUGGAUGUUGACAUGGAUGAGGGAUCUUUUGGAAACGAAGAAGACUCAGAAGGUAGUCUUGAUGACAUUGAAAUAAUAGACGAAUUGGAUAUUGACUCCUCCAGUGAUGAAGGAUAUGGUUAUGGAGAUGGGGAAGAUGAAGAUGAAGAUGAGGAAGGGGACGAGGUUGUGGAUGUCGAUGUCGAUAUUGAGGGAGGAGAGUCUGUCAGUGGUGAGGAGUACAGUGACGACGACGACGAUGAUGAUGAUGAGAGCGAGUACGAUGAAGAGGAAUUGGACGGUUGGAUCGAAGAAUUAGGAAGUGAAAAUGAACUGGAACAAGAGGGUUGGCCAAAUGGUGAUGGUCGUCACAGACACGGGCGUUUGCAUGAAGAUGGGAAUGUAAACUUUGGCUUUGGAGAGUACAAUGCGGAUGGAGAUGCUACUCCGGAUCGUUCCUUUAGAUUCAGAAGAGAGGAUGAAUUUACCGAAAACAGUUCAGAUGAAGACAACGAGUCAGAAUCACAGCCUGACGUAGCCGUGAUACCCUCUACUACCGCAUUACGCCGCGUUUUUGACCAGGCAGGCAACGGUAGAAUGGAUGGAACUUCACCGAUAUCAUUGCUAUUAGAUGGUUUAUUCAGGGAAGGAAACUUGCGUGGCUCUAUCGAAAUUACUCAAGAUGGUGUUCAUCGUACAGGAGCAUCUACUAUCGGAAGACUCUUUGAAAAUAUGAUCCACAUUGGACAAGCGGGGAGAAAUAUGGAACAUACCCAUACCCUUCAUUUAAAAUCUACAGUGGAGAGAUGGGCUGAUGCAUUGAAAAUGUUUGACCCAAAGGACAAGGAAGAUUUGAUUUUACGAGUGAUUCCUGGUAUUGUCAAUAGGAUUGAAGCAAAGAGUAUUGAAGCUUACCGAAAAAAGAAGGAGCAACUGGAGAAACUAAGAAAAGAAAGGGAAGAAAAGAGAAAGAAACAGUUGGAAGAGGAACAAAGAAAGCAAGAGGAGGAGCGCAAACAAAGAGAAGAAAAUGCUGCUAACGAACCCCCAAGAGAGCCAAUUUUGGUUAGAAUAGGGGACAGAGACGUUGAUAUAAGCGGUACUGACAUAGACCCUGAUUAUAUUGAGGCCCUUCCUGAAGAUAUGAGGGAGGAGGUUUUUGCACUGUAUGUUAGGGAAAGACGUGCAAAUGCUAGUACGACCAAUUCUGAUGCACGAGAGAUUGACCCCGAUUUCUUGGAUGCUCUCCCUGGCAACAUUAGGGAUGAAAUAUUACAACUGGAAUCAUUAGCAAGAAGGUUUUCAGAAUGGGAUGAAAACCGGGAUGAGUUUGAGGAUGCAGCUGCCGACCAUGAUGAUGAUGAUGAUGAUGAUGGGGAGGAGGAGGAGGAGGGUGAAGAAGGCGCGGAGCACUCGAGGCCGCAAAGCUCCCUGAAUCCUUCUACACAAACUACGGGAAGGAAGAAAUCUGGAAAAAUUUUCUUUACUCCACUAGUGGACAAGAAUGGUAUUGCUGCAAUUAUAAGACUACUUUUCUCCCCAUUGUCGAUUAACCAGAGAGAGCAGAUUUACCAUGCUCUUCAGUAUAUGUGCAACAACAAACAUAGCAGGGCUGAGAUUAUAAACAUGAUGGUUGCCGUAUUGCAUGAAGCUUUCACCAAUCAACGCCUGAUGCAAAAGAUAUACUCGCAGAUAUGCAGCCGCGCGUUAGGUGGCAAAGAGGUGAAGAGUAGAAUUCCAUUGAACACUACACCAAUAUCAACAGGAAUACAAUUUGUCGAAUCGAUUGACUUUCUUCUUGAACGAAACAGUCAUUUGAGGUACUUUAUUUUGACUGACCACGACAACCAGUACAUGUUGCCAUUAAAGAAAUCAAAGAAGGUAAUAAAAGAGAGUAAAUAUCCGAUCAAUUACUUGUUGAAAUUACUAGACAACAAACUAGUGGCAGAAGAUCAGACAUUCUUGGAUGUUUUAGCAAGAGUUUUACAGUUAUCUACCCGUCCGUUGUAUGCAUUGAAGAAAUUGGAAGGUAAGUCUGCACCGUUUAGUCCACCCAUUAUACCCGAGGAGAAUAUAAGAUCUAUUAUUACCAUUUUAACUGGUAAUGACUGUUCCAAUUCUACAUUUAGGAGAACCAUAAGUGCAAUGCAAAAUUUGUCGGUGCUACAAAAUGUACUGGAUAUUUUCAAAAGUGAGCUAUCUAAGAAAGCAACUGAGUACGGUCACAAGAUCAUUACGGAUUUGAACAAGUUGACUUCAGAGCUUGCUGUUGAUGCUGAUUCGAACAGCAAGGCAUUUUCGAAAUUUAGUGCUCAUUCUUCGGAUCAAGCCAAGUUGCUUCGAGUUUUAACAGCACUUGAUUAUAUGUUUGAACAUAAGGACAAGGAUCAAGUUGAAAGGAAGAGUGACGUUGAGGAACUAACUGAGCUUUACAAGAAGUUGGCGCUUGGAAACUUGUGGGAUUCUUUGAGUGAAUGUUUGAGGGUUUUGGAAAAGAAUCCCCAAUUGCAUAACAUUGCAAAUGCAUUGUUGCCCUUGAUUGAAGCUUUGAUGGUUGUGUGCAAACAUGGCAAGGUACGUGAUCUUCAAAAUAAGGAGAAUGUAAAGUAUGAAGUGAAAAAGAUUGAUUUCACAAAGGAACCAAUUGAAUCGUUGUUUUUCUCCUUUACGGAUGAGCACAAGAAGAUUUUGAAUCAAAUGGUUAGAACAAAUCCAAAUUUGAUGAGUGGACCGUUUGGAAUGUUGGUGAAGAAUCCAAAAGUGUUGGAAUUUGAUAACAAAAAGAAUUACUUUGAUCGCAAGCUUCACAAGGACAAACCGGAAAAUUCAAAGUUGGCAAUCAGUAUUCGUCGUGACCAAGUAUUUUUGGAUUCUUAUCGUGCAUUGUUUUUCAAACCUAAAGAUGAAUUUAAGAAUUCCAAAUUGGAGAUCAAUUUCAAAGGUGAGCAAGGUAUUGAUGCUGGAGGAGUAACACGUGAAUGGUAUCAAGUUUUGAGUAGGCAAAUGUUCAAUCCCGACUAUGCUUUGUUUUUGCCUGUUGUUUCUGACAAGACUACAUUUCACCCUAAUCGUACGUCUUAUGUCAACCCCGAGCAUUUGUCGUUUUUCAAAUUCAUUGGACGUAUUAUUGGUAAAGCUAUUUAUGAUAACUGCUUCUUGGAUUGCCAUUUUUCAAGAGCUGUUUACAAGCGUAUUUUGGGUGAGCCACAAUCAUUGAAAGAUAUGGAGACUUUGGAUCUUGAGUAUUACAAGUCACUUAUAUGGAUGUUGGAAAAUGAUAUCACGGAUGUGAUUACGGAGACCCUUAGUGUUGAGACUGAUGACUACGGUGAACAUAAAGUUAUUGAUUUGAUACCCAAUGGUUCAAACAUUCCAGUGACUGAAGAGAAUAAGCAAUUGUAUGUCAAAAAGGUUGUUGAGUAUAGGUUACAAACCUCUGUUGAAGAACAAAUGGAGAAUUUUUUGAUUGGAUUCCAUGAGAUUAUACCCCAAGAUUUGGUUUCGAUUUUCGAUGAGAAGGAAUUGGAACUUUUGAUAUCGGGAUUGCCUGAUAUUGAUGUCCAUGAUUGGCAAUCACACACUCAGUACGUCAACUAUUCUGCGUCCUCUGUGCAAAUACAAUGGUUCUGGAGAGCCGUCAAGUCAUUUGACAAUGAAGAAAGGGCAAGAUUGUUGCAGUUUGCCACAGGUACGUCAAAGGUGCCAUUGAAUGGGUUCAAAGAGUUGACUGGUGCUAGUGGUACAUGCAAGUUUAGUAUCCAUCGCGAUUAUGGUGCAACAGACCGUUUGCCUUCAUCGCACACCUGUUUCAACCAAAUUGAUUUGCCAGCUUAUGAAAAUUACGAGACGUUGCGAGGCUCAUUGUUGAUGGCUAUAACUGAAGGACAUGAAGGAUUUGGAUUAGCUUAG